AUGUUUUUAUUUGUAGACAAGGACCGGUCGCACAAUAAGUUUGUUGUGCGAGACAAUUCUAUCUUCAACCACACACCCGGUAUCAACGUAUCAACAGCUGCCGGAGCGAUCAUAAUUCUCGAACAGGCGAGUGCGUCGUUGAAUCCAUCCAUCUACCCCGUACCCCCUCAGCCCUCGAAUCACAAGGCGAUGUCGGACUACAUUGUUCAAACCCAGCAGCAGGCUUCAGCCAAGCUAGCGGUCUUACGCUAUACUGGGCUGUCAUACCUCGCCAAUACGCGAAACAUAGAAGCACCCUGGUACGCAGAAAUGUUAGAGAGAAUGAACACCGUUCUUUCAGGUGUUCCCAACACGGUCCUUGCUCCCCAGUUCCCCGUGAACGUGAUGGUGGAAUUAGACGAAGGCGGAGAUGUGGAGAUGGAGGUCGAGGAGAGUGGCUACGAGGGUGAUGGUGGUGAGGAUGGUGGCGAUAACUCCCCCGCGGCUGAGCCUGCCGCAGACCUGGACGUUAGCGUCGAGACAAUCACUAUUCCGGUGGACGUCGAAAAGGUUCCCGACUUCUGCAUCAUCGCAAGCGACUGCAGGCCAGACAACGCCAACGACGGUCGACUCAAGACCUACUUCUUGGGCCACAAAAUCAAGAAGAACACGGGAACUUAUUAA